GCACUGGAAAAAACAAUAUUUAGUCUGUAGGCUUAUAGCACAUUUCACACGUUACAAUUGCUUUAGGCUACUGGUAAGAUGAUAAUAAAAAAGAACACACUCAAACAAUUAAACCAAUUGGAAAGUAAUAAAUAAUAAAAUCAAUUUAAAACCUAAAAAGUAAAAUCUUCAUUCGUUUCUGUUUAUUCCAACAGCAUACACUGGUUUGCAACAUUAUGAAUUCAUCUUAACGAAUGAAUCCGGGGGGCACAGUGUGAACCUUAAAUUAACCAAGUGGUCUCAGGUGUGUGGUCACCGCUUAUUAUAAAACCACUGAGGCACAUCGCAACCAAUCAAAGCAGAGAGCCGGGAAAUCCGUUUCGUAGCCUAAGUGUUAGUUCACAGUAAUGGCCACGAGAUGGCGCUGAUACACUCUGUUCCGAGGCGUCUGGUCCCUGCGUUCUCUGCGGCCCCCGAUGGAGCCAGCGGAUUACAAACUCCAGUUAAGUGGCGCACUGUCCUCCUCCUCCCCAUCUUUCAUCCAGAGUAAACCCAGGCGCACGGAGUGCAUCCUCACAGCGCUCGCCCUGUGGGAAUUAUAAAUCAGCUCUGUUUGGCUGUCAGUGUCAAACCGAGAGAGCUCUGCAGUGUAGGGUGACGGAGGGAAACAUAUAGACAAAGAGAGUGAAGAGAGGGAGAUGGGUCCGGAGGCGGUGAGGCAUCCCUGAUUGUCAAGCGGUGAAGUUCUCCUGCUCUGAUCGGAUCUUUUCUCCAGGUGGCUGAGCUGCCUAGCUCUUUUCUUCACUUCUUUCUCUCACUCCUAAUCCCCCCUCUCACAACCUCUGUCUCCCUCACUCUCACUGGUUCUCUCCCUCUGUCAGCUCUAAUAACGCUUGUGUCAUUGUGUGUUCAGCAUGAGUAACAUCUAUGAGUCUGCAGAGGCCACGCUGGGCUUCAUCAGCUCUCCGUGCCUGACCAAAGUAGAGCUGAGAGUCGCCUGCCGGGGGAUCUCGGAUCGCGACGCCCUCUCCAAACCCGACCCCUGCGUAGUGCUGAAGAUGCAGUCACAUGGGCAGUGGUUUGAGGUAGACCGUACAGAGGUGAUCCGCAGCAGCAGCAGCCCGGUCUUCUCCAAGGUCUUCCUGGUGGAUUACUACUUUGAGGAGGUCCAAAGGCUUCGCUAUGAACUUCAUGACAUCAGCUCUGGCAACAAUGGCCUCCGUGAUGCUGACUUCCUGGGAGCCAUGGAGUGCACUCUAGGACAGAUUGUUUCACAGAGGAAACUGACCAAAGCUCUACUCAAACAGGGAAAUACUGCUGGAAAGUCUUCCAUAACGGUGACAGCAGAGGAGUUGUCUGGUAAUGACGAUUACGUUGAACUCUCCUUCAGUGCUCGUAAGCUAGACGACAAGGAUUUCUUCAGCAAGUCCGACCCUUUCCUGGAGAUUUUUAGAAUAAAUGAUGAUGGGACUGAGUCCCUCGUGCAUAGAACAGAGACAGUCAUGAACAACCUGAGCCCUGUUUGGAAAUCCUUCAAAGUUUCCUUGAACACGCUCUGCAGCAGUGACCACGAUAGGGAGCUAAAGUGCACAGUCUGGGACUGGGACUCAAAUGGAAAACAUGACUUUAUUGGGGAGUUUCAGACCACCUUUAAGGAAAUGAGGGCAGAGCAGGAGGGCAAACAGAUUCAAUGGGAGUGCAUCAACCCUAAAUAUCAGAUGAAGAAGAAGAAUUACAGAAACUCCGGUGUUGUCAUUCUCAACCACUGUAAGAUCAUCAGAAUGUAUUCCUUCCUGGAGUACAUCAUGGGAGGCUGUCAAAUUCAGUUCACAGUGGCAAUAGACUUCACAGCGUCUAACGGGGAUCCGAGAAACAGCUGCUCUCUCCACUACAUCCACCCCUACCAGCCCAAUGAGUACCUGAAAGCGCUUGUGGCUGUAGGGGAGAUCUGCCAAGACUAUGACAGUGAUAAAAUGUUCCCAGCGUUUGGUUUUGGAGCAUUGAUACCACCUGACUUCAAGGUUUCUCAUGAUUUUGCUGUGAACUUUGAUGAGGACAAUCCUGAAUGUGCCGGGAUCCAAGGUGUGGUGGAGGCCUAUCAGAAUUGCCUCCCUAAGAUUCAGCUGUACGGACCCACCAACAUUGCACCAAUUAUCCAGAAAGUGGCCUCGUCUGCCUCCGAGGAAAUGCACACCAAAGAGGCCAUGGAGUAUUUCAUCCUGCUGAUCCUGACAGACGGCGUCAUCACCGAUAUGGCGGACACACGGGAGGCCAUUGUGCAUGCCUCCCACCUGCCCAUGUCCGUCAUCAUUGUUGGUGUGGGCAACGCAGACUUCACAGACAUGCAGAUAUUGGACGGGGACGACGGGAUCCUGCGUUCACCCAAGGGCGAGCCUGUUCUCCGUGACAUUGUCCAGUUCGUCCCCUUCAAGGACUUCAAACAUGCUUCUCCAGCUGCACUGGCAAAGAGUGUUUUGGCAGAAGUCCCAAACCAGGUGGUGGAUUACUACAAUGCUAAAGGCAUCAAGCCCAAGUGUAUGUCGGACUACGAGUCCACAAGAGCCUUCAGUCCCUGACAAUAGACUAUGUGUACACAUACACUCAGAUACACACAUAUAUAUCAUAUAUAUAUGUAUAUAAAUUGAUGUACUGUAUAAUAUAUAUACACAUGCAAAAGCACAAGCAUAUACACACAACCAUACAACAUGCUACAGUAGUCUAGCUCAGAGAAUUAGCUCGUUCAGGUGAAACAAUUUGAACUACUCCAUUGAUGACUAUUGCAUGUUUGGCCGCAAUGGCAUCACCUGGGAAAUUAUUAUUAUCUGCUGUAUAUCUGAAAAAUGUUUAUAGAAAUAAGAGCAGUCUUCUGAACCAGCAUGCAGGAUCAGACUAUAGUUCACCCCAAAAAUGACACUCCUACCUUAUUU